AUGCCCGGACUGUGCCGUGGCAGGCCCGUACUGGCCAUAACGAGACAGCCGCCUCCGACCCGCUGUACCAGCUGCCGUCUCCUGCUAUUCGCAGCGCUCCUUGCGGUCAGCCUAUGGACUCGCCCAGCGGCCUGUAAACGAAUCACUGCCGCACCUGUCGUCGUAGCGGAUGAUGACGAAAUGAUGGAAUAUGCUCCACAAUUUGAACAUCCAGAAUAUGCGUUUAGCUAUGGAGUCAAGGAUCUUCACACUGGUGAUGUUAAGUCGCAAUGGGAGUCAAGGGAUGGCGACGGUGUCAAGGGUCAUUAUAGUAUACUCGAACCCGAUGGCUCCAUACGCACAGUGCACUAUACAGCGGAUGCCAAAAAGGGUUUCAACGCCAUCGUAAAGACCGUUGGCGCAAAUUCGCAUCCGAUCACAGAGACGCCCGAGGGUGAAAGUAGUGUCAACGAUGAUACCUCACAGUCGAAAAUUAAUCAUUAUAGCAAAGAUCAGGAGCACAUUGUGCUGAGCUCCGAUAUAAAGCCGCUUAAGAAGCCCAUUGAGGACCUGACGCAUUCCCACCCCAAGAUACCUAGCCUGAUCGAGUUCAAGCCGCAUGCACGAAUAAAGCAAGUGCCCAUGGAACUGGAGCCAGACAUCAGAAAUCGUCUGCAGCAGGCGAGGGAUAACUAUUACAAGGAGAUUGCGGCUGCCCAUAAGCUGGAGGACUAUUCACAAAAGCUGCAGCCCACCUAUCCCGUACAGGAGAGCGACUGGAAAGCGCUGAUUGUCAACGAGCCCAAGGAGUAUCGUCCACACUAUAGCACAAUUCAGCCGUAUCAACAUCCCUACUAUGAGCAUUACCAGCCAAAAGAGCUGCCUCAGAACUAUCUGCAUAAGCCAGCCGCGCCUCUGCAGUCAUUACACACGAACUAUGCGUCCUCCAAGCCGCGACCCAGCAAAAGUCCAGAGCCCAUCUCCAAUCACAUACACCAGAAGAAGGUUGUGCACACCACGCCGGGCCUCAAGCACUACAAGUACAAAACUGUAUCCAAAAACUUUGCCCGUCCCGAUUACGCCAGCUACUUCCAGCGUAAGCCGAAGAAGCUGCACGCCAAUUCACUGGCGCCCCAUCAACGAGCACCACGACCCGAGGGUGCUGGCCCCGUACUCUUCCCCCAAGUGCUGGACGACGAUGAGUUCGAAGAGAUCUCAGACGAUGAGCAGGGCGCCGCCUCCGCUAGUCUAGUGCAGUCCAUGGUGCGGCGGGAUAAACAGCACAUGGUGCCCAUGUAUGCCAGGGGCCAUCAGUUUGCAGCGGCCAGCUAUAGAAAUCUGCAGGGAGUGUAG